CGGUGUACCGGAAGUGAGACAAAUGAUCGUGAGUUAGUGCUUUCGAAGAAAGUUUGUGUUUGACAUUUUGAUAUGCAGUUUUAAACAUGGCUUCAUUUUCUCUAGGAAAGUAACAUUUGCUGAAAAUGACAGGGAAAGAGUCCCGUUGCAACCAUGUACUGGGGAUCAGGCAUGUUUCAUGGGAACAGAUUCGGCAGGCUCAGAAGCAUGAAAAAUGCGACUCAUGUAAUGUCACAGACAGGAACCUGUGGCUUUGUCUGAUUGGAAGGUGUUCAUACGUCGGCUGUGGGGAAUCAACCAAUGACCAUAGUUCACACCACGCAGAUACUCAGGCCCACUGUUUGGCCAUCAACCUGACCACGCAGAGGAUCUGGUGUUACAACUGUGAGAUGGAGGUGUACCACACCAAGAACUACCCACCCUUCAUUAUUCCUGAGCAGCUCGCCCCAGCCACAGGCCAGGAGAUUGGCGAGGAGUUGUCUCCGGAGAGUUACCCACAGCACGGGGUGCUAGGUGGCUCACCACAGUAUGGCCCGUUUGGCGGGGACGACUCAGAUACCGAAGCAGAGGACGAAAAUGCGGGUGGGGGACAUCACGGAAAACCACGAGGACUGACUGGGCUACAAAACCUUGGCAACACCUGUUACCUGAAUGCAGCCUUGCAGGCCCUGUCUAACUGCCCACCAUUGACCCGGUUCUUUCUCGACUGCCCUGGCUUCGUGCACCCAGAGAAGACGCCCAAGCUCAGCAUGAACUACAUGAAACUUAUGCUGGAGAUGUGGCACAAGAAAAGACCCAGUUACCUGGUUCCCAGCAGUGUGGUCAACGGUAUUAAGACUGUCCAUCCGAUGUUCAGAGGCUACUCACAACAGGACACCCAGGAGUUUCUUCGCUGUUUCAUGGACCAGUUACAUGAAGAAUUGAAGCAGCCAAUCAUUAAAGAGACUGACGACCAAGAGGAGGGGCCUAGUAUUCAUGAGUCCUCAAGCUCGCCUGUGAUUGGUCAGAGAAAUCCAGAUAAGCCGUUCCAAUUGGACACUAGUAGCUCAAGCAGCCAAUCGGAUUACGAGUACGAGACGUGUGACUCAGCCUUGGGGAGCGAGAAGGAUUUCAUAGAUCCGAAUGAAUUGACGGAUGAAGAACAAUUGAGCGAGAUGUCGAAAUUAAAUCUGUCUUCUAGUAGCCCACGAGAACUGGGAAAGCAGCGUAAAUCAAAAUCGAAGCUUUCAAAAAUGAAUGAUGGAAAGAAUGGAAGUUUUAAAGAUUUGAAAGAUUUCAAGGAUGCUGCAAACAAAUCUAUGAAAAAUAUGGCAGACAAUACAAGUGUGGGCUCUGAGGACCAGAAAAGUGAUCCCGGGGACUAUGUUGAUGCUGAGGCUGACCCAAUGAAAAGUCGCCGCCAUUUACGGACCACAUCUGGGUCGUCCGAUCGGGACCUUAAUGUGAAGUCAGCAAAGUUUAAGCAAGCUGGAGGUUUUAAAACAGCACGGGGGCCAGGGAAAACGGUGCAUUACAGGAGCGUGAUAUCAGAUGUGUUUGAUGGGAAAUUGAACAGCUCCGUGCAAUGUCUUACAUGCGAAAGGGUCUCGACGACCAAGGAGACGUUUCAGGACCUCUCCCUGCCGAUCCCAUCCAAGGACCACCUGCACAUGAUCCACACAUCGAGCGUCCAUGGACCGGGAACCAAGACUGGCGCCUGCAGCGAGGUCCACCAGGGAUGGUUCCACUCUAUGCUUGGCUGGAUGAGAAGCUGGUUUCUGGGUCCAAUGAUCACACUACAAGACUGUCUGGCAGCCUUCUUCUCAGCAGACGAACUGAAGGGAGACAACAUGUACAGCUGCGAGAAAUGUAAAAAGCUGAGAAAUGGACUGAAAUUCUCAAAAGUGUUGGAACUUCCAGAGGUGCUGUGUAUACACCUGAAGAGGUUCAGACACGAGUUCUACUCCUCCAAGAUCAGCACGUAUGUCACGUUCCCGCUGGCAAACCUCGAGAUGAAACACUACCUGCAUAAAGAACACUCCAAUGCAGUCACCACCUACGACCUGCUGGCUGUUAUAUGUCACCAUGGGUCCGCUGGAGAUGAACAUUAUAGUGGGGGUCACUAUACGGCUUACUGUCAGAACGUGGUCACAGAGCAGUGGUACGAGUAUGACGACCAGUAUGUGACAGAGGUGGACGUCAGUCAGGUCAUCAACUGCGAGGCUUACGUACUCUUCUACAGAAAGCAGAAUGACCACAUGAACAGCAUAAGGCAGAAGGCUGAGGAGCUUAUGAUGAAAAGAGAGCCCAGUCUCAUGCACUUCUUCAUCUCCAAGCAGUGGAUCAACCGGUUCAACACGUUUGCAGAGCCUGGGCCCAUCACCAACCAGGACUUCCUCUGCCAGCAUGGCGGUGUACCUCCCCAGAAAGUGGAGUAUAUAGCAGACCUGGUACUGCCUGUGUCACAGGCUAUGUGGAGAUUUCUGCAUGACAGGUUUGGAGGCGGUCCAUCGUGCAACCACCUGUUUGCCUGCACCCAGUGUCAGAAACAGCAGCAGCAGCUGAGGAGUCGACAGAAGGGAGAGCUCGACCAGUUUAUACAGCUGAAUGACCAAUUCAAGGAAGAGGACAAUCCAUCCGUUAUCUAUGCCAUCUCCAUGACCUGGUUUAAAGACUGGGAAAAUUUUGUUCGGGAAAAAGACGACAGUCCCCCUGGGCCCAUCGACAACAAAAGGAUCAGCAUCGUAAAGAACGGCCAGGUGGUUGUACGCCCGAACUCAGACCAUGGUCAGUUGAGCGGAGCCAUGUGGCAGUACCUGUUUGGGAUUUACGGGGGUGGGCCGGAGCUGAUCGUGAAGCAAGUAACGCCUCCGACUAUGCGGAAAACUUUGGCAGAACAGGCCCAAUCCGCUGCGUCUUGGGUGAACAAGACGGAAAAUGCUCAUCUGAUGGAAAGUGGUUCAAAUGUUUCGCAUCCUAUCGAACACAAAUUUGGAUGUAGUGAUGGAGUUGUUGAACUAGCGGAGAGUAGAAGUUCGAGCGAAGUUGAAACAACUGAUAUGCAAAAUGUGAAUGGUAUGGAGGAAAGGGUGGAAGGGGAAAGUGGAGAGGUCAAGGUAGGUAGGGAUGAUAAAGAGGAUGAGUCUGAAGAAUUGUUGGAAACUGUUAGCGGAGUUUUGAGUUGUUCAAAUGAUAUACCAGAGCAAAAACUGCACAGAGACUAGGGCUAGUAUUCAUGCAGCACUUGAGAGGAAUAUUAAGUUAUGUUGUUCUGGAGUAGAACUAUCAGGCCUGGCCCAGUAUUCACUAACCAUUUCUUGGACUUAAGAAUACAGCAUAGACUGAGAAGCCCCAAAAAUACGUCUAGUGUUGGAAUAUAUACUGAUUACCAGUGGUGAAUGUGUCAAUAAUAAUUUUUUUACUGUUUUACAUAAAGAUAGACUCGAGUUUGACUCUAAAUUAAAGCAAUUGUUGAAUAUUGUAAUGUAAAGAAUUUUCUUCAUUCAUAGAAUGAUGUCUUAGACUUGUUUAGUGAAUAAGGGCCCAUAUGUGAAAUCCAAAUAUUUUGUUUACAAAGGGGCAAAAUACAUAACAUUUUAGUAAUAUGUAUCUUCUAUAAAAACUAAACAUACAGGCAAAAGGGUUUAGCAAUUGAUUAUAAUUUUUAGAACCUUUUCCCAAACUAGCUGUGUUUAUAAGAAAGCUUUUUUCAAUUAAUCUUUGAUGCCAUCAAUUCAAUCCUUGAGGAUUGGCUUGAGAAUAUGUUAUGUGACUGUUAUGUUAUGUGAUAGAAUGAAAGUUAUUUAUUUAGAAUUUGAGCGGAAGUUGCAAGUGUCAUGAAUGUUGCUGGAUUGAACAGCAAACAACACAAGGUUGUAUGUUUUAAUGGAUUGAAUUUAAAUGUUAUUGAUUGCUCUGAGAAGAAAUGAUGUGAACUAUUAAUAUUUGUUUUAAUUAUUUUCAUGUAAUUUCUUGUGCUGGUCAGAUAUAUUAAAUCUUAUACCAGUAUAACUCUAAAACUAUUAGUUUACAUUAAAAUUUAAAUGUUAGAUGUUAAUUUAUGAAUGUUAUUAAAUGAUCAGUCAAGAAAUUUUUGAAGGAAUGAACAUUUUUGUUAUUUUAUUUUUUAUGAUAUUUCAUGCUUUUUAACCCUUUGAGUGCUGGAACCGAAUUUAAAAGGCCUUUGCAAACAGUUUGGAUCCAGAUGAGACGCCACAUAACGUGGCGUCUCAUCUGGAUCCAAACUGUUUGCUAUUCUGAUAGUAUUCUUUGAAAAAAAUGAAAGAAAAUGCUAAUUUUAGAAAUUUAGCAGACGACAUUUUAGCAGAAGACAAAUUACCCAGCAUGCAAAGGGUUAACAGAAGCUUGAAGUUUACUGUCUAUAGUUACGAGAGAUUUCAUGUCAAUUGCAAUUGACGAUCUUUUUAUUAGUUUUGAAAGCAUAAUAUAUUUGCACUUACUUUGAAUUUCUAAAUUAAGAUUCUUAUAUCUUAUGUUGUAUUACAAGUCAAAUCAUUUCAUCCCAUAUGGUAACUUUUUGUCAAUUUCGCUUUAUUAACCAUUAAUUUAUAUGUAUUUAUAAGUGAUUGUCUUACAUUGUUAUCCAUAAAUGUUUUUAAGAUCUCUAAAAGUGUUGUUUAUUUAUUAAGAGUUGUUCUUUAGAUUUAAUGUGAUGCACAACUUAGGCUUAUUGUAUGUCUGUUACGUGUGGGAAUGGCAGACUAAAUACAGUCGAUUGGUGUAUAACGGAUAGCUAAGGACUUCGAGUCUCAUUUCAACGUAAACACCAUGCAUUCAGUAAUUAAACCAUUAAACCUAGAUAGACACAUGUCUUUCCUAUUGAAACAUGCCAGUGGUUUUAAAUUUCCGAAAAAAAUUAUUUGUUUACAGCAUGAAUUUCAUGGUACACUGAUUCAGCCAUUACCGGAUCGCUUAGGUCUUUAUCGGAUUACAUGUGUAUUGCGUUAUUUCUUGAACUUUGACACAGCAUUUGUAAAAAAUUAUUGCAAUAUAUGUACAUUUCCAGAAAGGAAAUUCAUUUCUGCGUUUAAUAAGACCAAGUUCAUGGAAAUCGCUGCACAAUUGAUGAAGUAAUGGCUGUUCAAAGCGAUGCACCCUAUAUUCAGGUCAUUUUGAGUUGAAUACCUUGUUAUAUAUACAGAUUUGAUAGUGAAAAAUAUGUUUUCAGAGAAAUUGAUUUUUCGUUAUAAUUUGAUUUUUUUUUCAUUAAAAAUGAUGUUUUCACUAAUUAAUAUCAUAGUUUAUAUUUAUUUUGAGACAAUCCCCACAUUCCUGAAUAUGGGUCACCACAUGUCCGUUAUUCACUAAAUCCCGAGUAGCAGCUUUCAUGCUUAUUUUAUAUGGUACGCAUCAAUUUGGUUUCUGAGCAUUCUUACUUAUGUAAAGGACACAUAAUACUAAAAUAUUACAUCCAUGAACAUUAAGUUUACCAAACAAAAUCUGCAAAAUUCAAGAAACCAUUUGUCUGCACUUUUCCUGUCGUCACAAAAACGGUGCGUACAUUACGUGACCUUGUUUUGCUUUCGAAAAAAGAAACAGUUGUAAACAUUGACAAACGUCGGCAAAAUAAUAAAUCGACUUAACAAUGAUAGGCUUUGUGUAUUCAAUUCAUAGAAAACUAUAAAUCUUAACAUAAAAAAAAAGUAAUUUUGCCAAAAUGUUUAACCUAUCCGUUACUCACUAAAAUCCGCUAUACACCAAUAGACUGUAGUAAUCACUUUUUAUACAAUAUAACAAGCUUGAUUAGCUGGAUAUUGUAUUUCAGGCUAGGCAGGUCAAGGUCACUGUUUCUAAAAAUAGAUACAAAGUUUCUGUUCAAUAGCUUCAGUGUGGAUGGAGGUAAUACAUUCAAAUUUUGUGUGAAUGGAGCUUAACCCUUUCAGUGCGGGAACCGAAUUUUAAAGGCCUUUACAAACAGUUUGAAUCCAGAUGAGACGCCACAGAACGUGGCGUCUCAUCAGGAUCCAAACUGUUUGCUAUUCUGAAAGUAUUCUUUGAAAAAAAUAGAAGAAAAUGCUAAUUUUAGAAAUUCUGCAGACAACAUUUUAGCAGACAACAAAUUUCCCAGCAUGCAAAGGGUUAAAUGAAGACCUAUUGAUAAUUUCAGGCCAUUAAGGUCAAGGUCAUCAUCACUGUAACUAAAAAUGGAAAAAGCAGUUUCAACUCAAUAACUUAAGUAAAGAUAUCAAAAGUUUCCCCUCAAUAACUUGAGUAAAGAUUAAAAGUUUCCCCUCUAUAACAUGAGUAAAGAUUAAGGUACAUGUAUUACACCGAAAGUUUCUGUGUAGGUUGCUUUCAUGUAGACCUUGCUUUAUAUUGUAUUUAAGGAGAGUUUAAUAAAGGUCAAGGUCAUUGUUGUUAAAAAUAGUAAAACAGUUUCUUUUCAAUAACUUGACUUUAGACAUUUUCUUUGUAGUAAGCUUCUUCAUUGCAGACCUUUCUAGAGAUUGAAUGUUAACCCUUUCAUUGCGGGAACCGAAUUUUGAAGGCCUUUGCAAACAGUUUGAAUCCAGAUGAGACGCCACAAAACGUGGCGUCUCAUCAGGAUCCAAACUGUUUGCUAUUCUGAUAAUAUUCUUUGAAAAAAAUCGAAGAAAAUGCUAAUUUUAGAAAUCAAGCAGACGACAAUUUAGCAGACGACAAAUUUCCCAGCAUGCAAAGGGUUAAUUAUUUGGGCUGUGCUCUGUUAAAAGGGGGUUAAAUUCAUGUUCAUAAAGUGUCGUCCCAGAUUAGCCUGUGCAGGCUGCACAGGCUAAUCAGGGAUGGCAUUUUCUGCUUUUAUGGUAUUUUUCGUUUACAGUAAGUCUCAUCUUAGCGAAAAUCCAGUUUAAGCGGAAAGUUUUGUCCCUGAUUGGCCAGUGCCGCACAUGCAUUAAACUCUAUUUUCACAGAGCACGGCCCAUUUUAAUCAAGUAAGAUUUUUUUUUACCAUUAUGGGAAUGGGGCUGGGUCCCUUUGGAUUUGGAAAAUGUGCGGCGUUUUGACUAAAAUUUGGAAAUUAGUGUUGUUGUUUUGCUUAAAACUGCUUCAAAAUUGAGAAUACAAGUGGAUUUUAGUAUUAUAUUUCCUAAGGUUAAACUCCCAUUUGGGAAUUAUAUAUACUUUUUUUCCUUGGGGAAUGGGGCCAAUAACCGCACCCGAUUUUGCAUGAAAAAAAACACUGAUGUUAAACGUCUUAAGACCUGGUUUCAUGUGAUGUUUCUUGAAUCCAUUAUUUUGUUUGCCAUUAUUUGUACUUUCAUGAGAAAUUGCAACCCUUGUUUCCUGUAGGUCCUGAUAGCUCUAUUAGUUAAGUUUAUUGUGUGAAGAUUUUUAAAGUUUGUAUAAGGUUGCUUGAUAUUACGUGAAAAAUUUGUAUGUUUGUGGACAUGUACACUUGCGAAUUAUGGAAUUGCCCUUUUAUUAAAUACAACUAGAUUUCUCUGGAAGAAAUUUCUCCAAUUGCAUUGCCUUCAAUAGUGGUGGGGCAAACAAUAUGAGGGGAAAAUGUAGCUUCAAUUGUGAAUAGCAGUUGGGCAAACAUUGUGAGAGGAAAAUAUGUCAUCAAUGGAGAAUAGCAGUGGGGCAAACAAUAUAAGGGGAAGAUGUUGCAUCAAUUAUGUUUAGAAGUGGGGCAAACAAUGUCAGUGGAAAGUGGGUAAAUGGUUUUUAUGCCCCCUUUCGAAGAAAAAGGUGUAUAUAGUUUUCGCAUUGUCUGUCAAUCUGUCUGUCAGUCUGUCUGUCAGUCUGUCACACUUUUCGUGUCCGCUCUCUAAUUCAAAUUGUUUUAUCAGAUCUUUACCAAACUUGGUCAGAAGUUGUAUCUAGACAAUAUCUAGGUCAAGUUUGAAUAUGGGUCAUGCCGGUUCAAAAACUAGGUCACUGGGUCACUUAGUGCAUUUCAAGAAUUUAGCAUGCUGUCCGCUCUCUAAUUGAAGUAGUUUUCAUGUGAUCUUUACCAAACUUGGUCAGAAGUUGUAUCAAGGCAAUAUCUAGGUAAAGUUCGAAUAUGGCUCAUGCCAGGUUAAAAACUAGGUCAUGUGGUCACUUUCUGAUUUAUUUUGAUAUUCUAAGACAUUUUUAUGCCCCCAAAGGAGGGCAUAUAGUGAUCGGACUGUCUGUCUGUCCGUCACACUUUGCGUGUAGAUUUCGAAAAAUGCUCAUAACUUCUAUGUCGCUUCAGAAAGCAAUUUCAUAUUUGGCAUGCAUGUGUAUAUGGACAAGGCCUUUCCAUACGCACACGAAUUUUGACCCCUGUGACCUUGAACUUAGGGUCCGUGUUUAGGUUUCGCAAUCUGCGUUUAGGUUUCGAAAAAAGCUCAUAACUUCUACCAAGUGUUUAUAGGGGGCAUAAGUCAUCCUAUGGUGACAGCUUUUAUCUUGAAAGGAGAUGUUAAUGUUUCAUUUUUUUUUAGAAGGGAACAAUAUCAUAGAAUAGCUAAAAUUUAUUGUAAAUGAAUUGGUGUUUUUACAAAUGUCAUCCUGAUUUCCCUGUAAUCAGUUGACACAUUAUACAUCAAAAUGUUCACCUGAGAGGACUAGGUUUACCCUUCGUCUGUCUGUGUGUCGGUCAGUCCACUUUCCCCCCUCAAUUUAAUAAGGCCUUAAGAAUAUUGGAUACAACUUGGUACAAGUAUAAAAGUGAGUCUUAUGCACAUACUUUUUUAACCAGAGGUCAUCGUCCGUUUGCUGAUAUUAAAAAACAAACAAUUUAAACUGAAAAAAAAAUUACAUUAGAUAUAUACAAUCACCCAUAAGUUUAGGUACAUUCAACCCCAAUUACUGAAGUAAUUUAAAACUUCUCAUCAUAAAACUGGAUUCAGCAAGUUCUCGUUAAGUACUGAAGAUUCUGAUAUUAAAUUAGGUAUACUUUCAUAGGGCCUUGUAGGGAUUAUGCAAGACCUUUCAAUUUUCAAAAUAGGUCAAAGGUCAAGUCCCGAUUACUGUAAAUAGAACAAAUCUUAAUAUUGUGCUUACUCACAAACAGCAUAAUACAUAUAUAAUAAAUAAUAUAUGAUAAUGAAACUUUGUGUAUCGUGUAAGUACCUGUUAUCGAACAGCACCUAUUAUCGGACGUUUUGUUUUGGUUCUGUAUGCACAUGCGCAAAAGUGCGCAUGACGUCACAUUGAUAAACAAAUGGUCGCACAUGAAGUCCAUGAUCUACUUGCCUACUUGGCUUGAAACAAAUGCGCCAAAACAGGUUAAAGGAAUGCAUUUAUUGUUAUUUUACACCGUUUUGUGUGUUUUUUGCUAUUACUUUUUGAAUGCAUUUAUGAAAACGUGCAUUUACACACCAAAAAGCAUAUUUCUGUUUGCAAUUUUGAUUGCAGCAGACGCAGACUUUUUCGCCGAGUCCGGGUCACGUGCUAGUCAUGUGACUAUGUAUAUACUCGAGUAGUAUUUAUGAAGUGUUGGUAAUAGGUGAUGUUUUCAUCGGCCGCCAUUUUGUUUUGUCUGCUAGAGGUGACAAUAAUCAGGGAAUCAUUGUUAUGAAUUCUUGAAUGUAGUUUGCUGGAAAACUUUACAGAUAAAUUAUUCAAUGAUUGAACUGUUAGUCAUUUGUUAAAACAAAAUGUUUUUGUAAUUUUAAGUGUUUCAAUUUUAAGGUAAUUUAACGUAACUGGUUCGUACGGCAUACACAUUUGACUAUAUGUGCCAUUUGUAUGUCUGUCAAUUGUUUUUCCCCUUCACCCAUCCAUCUUUUCUCCUUCCACAAAAAAAGAAAAAGCUUGAAAAGAACAUAAUGGAAUAUAACCUGAUUGUUUUGUAAAACCUCUCAUUUCUGCCAAAUGUCAAGUUAUGUUAUUAAAAUACAAUUAACCCUUUGCAUGCUGGGAAAUUUGUCGUCUGCUAAAAUGUGGUCUGCUGAAUUUCUAAAAUUAGCAUUUUCUUUGUUUUUUUCCAAAGAAUACAAUCAGAAUAGCAAACAGUUUGGUCCUGAUGAGAUGCCACGUUCUGUGGCGUCUCAUCUGGAUCCAAACUGAUUGCAAAGGCCUUCAAAAUUCGGUACCAGCACUGAAAGAGUUAAAGAAGAAACUUCAAUUUCUUCAAAGUUAAAUAAGCAAUAUUUACAAACCUUGCUGUGCAUACAAUAGCAAUGUGACAGUUGUAUGCACAACCUUUCUUCAUCACCGGCCGAUUGUCUGUGGAAUUAAAAAAAAUAAAUCCUAAUACUACUGUGCUAAAUGGAUAUCCGAUUCAUAAGCAAACAUAGCAAAUGUACAGAGUAAGGGGAAUCUGAAGGUAAUGCACAUUUUUUGAAUUGAUAGGGAUUUUUGAACCAGAAAGAUAGGGGAUUCCUGUAUUGAGUUCAAUCCUUUCAAAUAAAUUUAUUUUCAAUGAAACCCCACUUACAAUAUAUUCUCACUGCCCAUAUUGUCCACCUUGUGUUACAUCCAUUUUCAGUUGGACCUUUCCUGUGUUCUUCAUGCAAUUCCCUAUACACAUCUCGUAGUCCAUAUUACAUUUUUAUCAUACCUAACAUUUUAGAUGGGACUAUUAUAAAAUGUUGAGUGUAAUAUUUACAUAGUGUGUGUAUGCUCGAGCCAAUAAAUUCUUAUCACCCUGUUGUUGGUAACAUCACCCCGUGUCUUGGACAGCAACAGGAUCUGUUAAUCGCACAAAUGUUUGUAGAAGUUUUGAUGUCACGUUUUUUGUAGUUCAUGUUUGUCACAACAAAUGUUUUUAGAAGUUUUUCAAUCGCGACUUAUUUCGGUUUUUACAUUUUUAUGGGAAGUAUAUUAGGCAUAUUACUCAUUUCUGAACUCUUAAGAAUCUAUUGAGGCCCAAAAGAAUUUGUUAAGAGAUUACAUAUAGCACGUUAUAAUUUUUUCUUUGCAAUCACACGAUUUCCCGUAUUCAUUGCUUGUGCUGUUUUGUGUUGGUGUGUCUAUCUCACGUACUGAUUUACUUGUUGGUUUUGUUAACCCUUUUUUGCUAAGCAGCAAAUUGAAAAUGGCUAAAUUCAACCAGCAUAAAACCAGUGAACCUUACAGGCUGUUCAGGUUUUAUGCUGUUUGCCUCACAUCAGUAUCUUAUGGUUGGAAAUCAAGCCUUUAAAACUUUAUUAUCUAGUAAUUAAGUGUUAAAUUGUAUUUGAUUCUCUAAUGGACAACAAAUGCGAAAAAUGCAUAUAUCAGCAGAAAAGGGUCAACUUUUUUCUGUUCUUGCUUUGGGUCCUUGAGUACCACCUGAUAGAUUCAUACAAAUCUCAAACCUCUAUGACAUUAAAUUUUUUCAUAUGAAUGCAGUCUGUGCUUUUCGUUCUAAUUUCUAUGUGAUGUCUACAUUGCUCUGUAUGUUUGUGUUUUAUAAUUCAACUAUAAAGAUUAGGAGACUAUAUUAACCUUGAUCAAAUCAA